AAAAAGUAUAGCUACUCCUCCUUCUUUCUUAUCAAGUCUGUGGGCAUCGAUGGAGUUAAAAUUUGGGGGUGCUGAUUCAGUAAGGAUGGCCACUCCGGUGAUGUGAUUACUUUUUAGGGGCAAGGACUUUCUCAGGCAGCUAUGGCAGCACGUUGAAUGGCAAAGUCAAGAACACUAUACACAAUGUUUAUUUACAUUCAUGACUGGGUGAUCAUAUUCAGCCAGUCAUGAAUGCAAAUUACUUUUUCAACCAAAAGCAGAAGUUGUUCUUUUCAGACUGACAGACUUAUCCUAACAGAGGAACCAACCAGUUGUCCAAUGAAUAUGCGCGGUGGAUUAAUUUCAGCAGUACUUCUCUGUCUGAAAGUCAGACAGAACCCAACAGAGCGACUGUAACCAUGGCGGAGGGGGAGGUUAACUACGCUUCGGUUGUAUUCAAACGUAACAGUCAUCCUCCACCCCAAGCUAGAAAGGAGGAGGAAACUGUGUACGAUGAAGUGAAGGGGCAGAAUAAAACAACUGAAGAAACUGCUGUCACAAACGCAGGAUCCUUGCUAGAAAAGAAAGCAAACAACAGACGUCUCCAGUAUCAGCGGCUGGCCUGUUGUUUGGGGAUCCUUUGUGUCAUUCUGCUGUUGGGUAUCAUAGCAGUCAUCGUCGUCUACCAACUUGCUACACUAAGUCAUCAGAGUGAUGAAAGUGGGCUGAUGGCUGCCAAUCACAACCUGACAAACCUGAACAAGAAACUCAGCUUAGAUAAUGAAAAGUUGAGGAGGGACAACAACAAUCUGACAGUCCAGUUGGGCAACCUGACACAAAACUAUACUGUCUUAGAAAGCAAGAUCACAAACCUGACUGUAGACGUCCAGAACCUGACAACACGAAACCUGCAGCUGAACUCACAAAACCAGCAGCUGGAGACACAGAGGAACAACUUAACAAAACGAAUACAAGACUUGGAGAAAAACUUGAAUGAGCUCAACGUCAGUCGAGCUCAGUGGAGCAUUGAUGCCUACUGCCCCAAAAAAACAAACGGGAGACAGUGUAAACCUUGUCAGAAGGACUGGGAACACACCGGGUCUAACUGCUAUGCGUAUAAUAACGCUGAUCCUCCUCAUCGGAAAACCUGGGAAGAAGCUCGACAAGACUGCAGAGGAAAGGGUUCAGAUCUGGUUGUUGUACAUAAUGAAGAGGAAAAGAAUGCACUGAAUACAUACAGCGUGGGUAGUUCAGGAACUGAUGGAUACUGGUUUGGCCUGAGAGCUGAAGGUGGGAGAUGGAAGUGGAUUGAUGGAAGUGAUCUGACAAGCUACUGGACACCACAACAUCCUCCUCCUGCUGCUGACGGUCAGUGUGUAAUGUCUGUCCAGAACAAUAAAUGGAUAUCAGUGAGCUGUACUGAGAAAAAACAAUGGAUCUGCAUAAUGAAGGCUUUAUCUGUUUAAACACUGCAGUCAUACUCUGCAUGGUAAUAUCAAGUGGCUUAUAAAUAUAAAACUAUGAAGACUUCUACUUCACAAUUUAAAUAUUUUGUAUUCAGAACUAAAAAUGUUCAGGGGAUUUAUUUUUAUAGAAAAAGAAGAGAAAAUAAAUAUUUACAGUGAAUUAUUUUGUAAAGCUGUUUGUGUAUCUCGUUUAAAAAAGCAGACACUUAGAUUUGAAUGCAUUUAGAUAUUUGAUUAUAUAGGUAUGCUAAUGUAAGUCUGUGAAACAUACAGUGACUAGACUGAAGGGGCACUGUUAUCAUUGACUACGUUUACAAGCUGUCAAUUUUUCGGGUUAUGGUCGGGUUAAGGUCACUAUUCGGGUUUCUGAAACAUUCGGAAUAACCCGUUUACAUGCG